UUAUUUAUCUCAUGGCCACAGCUGGUGGGCGUGGCUUCAGGAUAUAUAACAACUUUCAAACCCUUGUCUAGUCAAUGCAUCAUGGUCCGGACGCAUGACAUGUGAAACACCACUACCUACUUCAAAGAUAUCAGAACGCAAUUUUAACAUCGCAUAAGUACCCUGCACUGACCUCGACCUGCACUGUGUCUUCCUGGAGACGCUCUGUCCAUCAUGUCUGUGGGGGGGAUGAGAGCCCCCCUGCUUGUGGAGUCCGGACCCGAGGAGGAGGAGGUGGAGGUGGAGGUCCUCCACAGCGAGGAGGAGCUCAGGCUCAGUGUCCACCCUGCGGUGGGCGUCCUGGGCUCCGGAGAUUUCUCCCGCUCUCUCUGCACCAGGCUGCUGGCCUCCGGUCACCGUGCGCUGGUGGGCAGCCGGGACCCCUCCCGUCUCCCCAGGGGCCUCUUCCCCGAGGGGACGGAGCUGGGGUCGCAGAUGGAGGCGGCGCUGGGUGCGGAGAGGGUGGUCUUCGUGGCUCUGUUUCCUGAGCACUACCCCAGCCUGGUGGGCCUGAGGGAGGCUCUGGCCGGGAAGGUGCUGGUGGACGUCAGCAACGCGGACAGGCUGGGCCGCGGUGCGGGGGGGUCCAACGCCCACAGGCUGGCCCGGCUGUUCCCCCAGAGCCACGUGGUGAAGGGCUUCAACGGGGUCUCCGCCUGGAGUCUCCAGACCGGGGCCCAUGAUGGCAGCAGGCAGGUGCUGAUCUGCGGUGACGGCCCUGACUCCAAGGCGGGGGUGGUGCAGCUGGCCCACCGCAUGGGCUUCAGCCCCCUGGACAUGGGCUGCCUGGGGGCCGCGGGGGCGCUCGAGGAGGCCCCCCUGCGCGCCUUCCCCUCGUGGCGGGGGCCGGUCCUCACCACCCUCCUCCUCUUCCUCUUCCUGUACGGCUACGGCUCUAUGAAGUACGUGCUCUUCCCGUACCUGGCGUUCGGCCAGAACCACUUCUAUCAGCUGCCCCUGGAGACCGUCAACCAGACGCUGCCGGCCGUCGCCAUGGUGACCCUGGCGCUGGUCUACCUGCCAGGUUUGCUGGCUGCAGGCCUUCAGCUGAGCAGGGGAACCAAGUAUAGGAGGUUUCCCAGCUGGCUGGACUGCUGGCUGGGCAGCCGCAAGCAGCUGGGCCUGCUAAGCUUUCUGUGUGCGGGGCUGCAUGGUAUCUACAGUAUGUGUCUCUCCAUACGCAGGGCUGCCCAGUACAGCCUCCUCAACGCAGCCUACAGACAGGUGAGGGCAGAGAUUCCUAACUCCUGGGUGGAGGAGAAAGUGUGGCGGUCAGACCUUUACUUGUCAAGUGGAAUUCUGGGAUUUGGAGUUCUCUGUGUGUUGGCCCUUACCUCUCUUCCCUCAGUGGGAAACACCUUAAACUGGAGGGAGUUCACGUUUGUCCAGUCGGGCCUGGGCUACGCAGCGCUGACGCUGACCGUGAUGCACACGCUCUUCUUCGGCUGGGACAUGGCCUUCUCCCCGGGCUCGUACUCCUUCUACCUCCCCCCCAUGUUCGUCCUGGCCCUGGUGCUGCCCUGCGUGGUGCUAGUGGGCAGGCUGCUGCUCGCCCUGCCCUGCCUCGCCUGCAGGCUGACAAAGAUCCGCCGCGGCUGGGAGACCAAGAGGCCCCGGACAGACCAGGAAGUAGGGAUAACCAAUGGGGUUGUGGCAGACGGCUGAGGAACCAGGAUGUGAGAAAAUGUGUGAUGCCACAGGACUGUGGAUGGAUUCAGCCGAUGGUGAACAUGGAUGUCUCUUUUUAGUUGUCUUUCUGACAGUACGACUGCUGACUGAAAUAUGCAUUUUAGACCACAUUUUGUUUCAUUCUGUGAAAAACUUUUUAGAUAUUCAACUUUGAGUUGGAAAGACUUGUAAUAUGAAUGACAAUAUUAACAGCCUUCGUCGGUCAAAGAGACCAUUCAAUGGUGUACAGUCCAGAGGUGUGGACUUUUUAAUAUUUGGAUAUGUUUAAAUACAUUAGAAUCAUUAAAGAAGAUGGUUCAUUGGUGGUGCCUUCGAUCUAUCUAAAUAAUUGUGGGUCGUCAGUCACACACAAUACAUGCAAUAGGUACAUUAUAUUUUAUUUGGAGUUGAUUACAGAAGACUACAGGGAUAACUUGUGACAUAAAACUAGAAACAUGGCCAAGCUAUUGUAUGCUGCAUUGAAGAUAUGUCAAAUGGCCUUCAGAUUCACUUACAUCUGUGAAUAAAAAAUAUAAAUAUGUCAUAAAUA